GACUGAGGUACAGUUUUUGUGAAGAUAAGGUAACGGAACGGGACGGCCUCUGGUUUUUGGAAUCAUACAAUUUAUACAGUUUACUACCAUCUUACAGUGACUGAGGAAUCCCGCAAGGACGAAUGAAACCAAAUCCUCAUACAAAUCGUUGAUUCGUGAGUGAAGUAAGCUAAAUUUUGCCGCUUUUGCUUAGAAACAGUUCUAAGUCACGGACUUUUCCUCCGUUUAGUCUCUCCGGUUCUCUAUUAGGUUUUACGUCUAGGGCUUAUGGGCUGACUUCUCUUUCCACCAUUUGUUCAAUUUCAAGCAUCAUCCAUCUGUCUACGGUAGAAAAAUCGACGACUAUUGCUUCGGUGACGUUGGAGGAAGAGAAUCACACUGAGGAUGAGGAAACCGAAUAGCUCUAAGGGCGGUACGGUGAUAACUGUGAAGAAGGAAGUAAUUGAGAUUGAGUCAGACUCAGAUACAGACGAAGUUGGCGGUAGGAUUCUGGCUCUUUGCGGUGGAGUGGAUGCAUCAUGCAAGCCACUUAAUGCUUCAGCUGAAAGAGACGAAACAAGUAUGCAGAUUGUUUGUGCUGAUGACUUGGAAUAUGAUCCGGAUUAUAAAAAGUAUUUCGCAAGCUGUUGGGUGAAGCAACCAUAUUUGCUUGAGGGGAACACUUCUCCGAUGCGUCUUACGCACAACGCUGCUAAUGAAGCUACGGGUAGGAGUAAAAGCGGAGCAGUAAAAGUUGAGAAGAUUAGAGCAGGGUCUCCUUUGGUUUCCAGUGUUGCAAAGAAGUUAAAGAGUAAGAAUGGUGAAGCGGAUUAUAAGUUGAUUUCGAGGUCUGUCUUCAAGAAAAGGGAUGCUCGACAGGGAAGGAAGACUGGUCUGACCAAGAAUACUAUCAGAUUAGAAAAGCCUACGAGUAAUGUCAAAGAAACUCGACAGGGAAGGAAGGCUGCUCUGACCAAGAACACUAUCAGAUUAGAAAAGCCUAAAAGCAAUGCCAAAGACACCAGACAAAAGAAAGAAGAUGCUCGAACGGGAAGGAAGGUUGGUCUGACCAAGACCACUAUCAAAUUAGAAGAGCCUACAAAAAAGGUCAAAGACACCAAACAAAAGAAAGAAGAUGGUCGUCGUGGAAGGAAGAUUGGUCUGACCAAGAACACUAUCAAAUUAGAAAAGCCUGCAAAAAAGGUCAAAGACACCAAACAAAAGAAAGAAGAUGGUCGUCGGGGAAGGAAGACUGGUCUGACCAAGAAUACUAUCAAAUUAGAAAAGCCUACAAAAAAGGUCAAAGACACUCAAGAAAAGAAAGAAGAUGGUCGGCGUGGAAGGAAGAGGUCUGUGACCAAGAACAUUUUCAAAGCCUGCAAGUUGGAGAAUGAGGAGAGCAGUGCAAGGAGAAACGCAAAGUCUCAGACGAUGUUGAGAGCUUCAAAGAGACUGAAGAUUGAGAAGACUAUCCCAAUGGUUAACACCAAAGAAACCCGACGAAAGAAAGAGGAUGCUCGACAAGGAAUGAAGCGUUCUGUGACCAAGAACAAUUUUAAAGCCUCCAAGAAGGAGAAGGAGGAGGGUAUUGCAAGGAGAAAGGAAAAUUCUCAGACGACUUUCAGAGCUUCAAAGAGACUGAAGACUGAAAACGGGAGAGUAGAUCACAACCUGACUUCAAAGACUAUCCCAGUGGUAAACGCCAAAGAAACCAAACGAAAGGAAGGAGAGGCUCCGCAGGAAAAGAAGAUCCCUAUGACCAAGAACAAUGUUAAAUCAAAGUCUACAAGUCAUGUCAAAGACAACUUACCUAACAGUUUCAAAGCUCACAAGAAGGAGAAUGAAGAGAGCAGGUCAUCACUAGAUAAAAGCUAUGGCUAUUUCUUAGCGUGUCUGAGAAAUUCGAUGGUUAUCUUUGAACCGGAUCGAAAAGCGAAGCCUGAGAAAGAGUUAGUGUCUUUGUCCGAUCCUGAUAUUAUUGCAGUCAGCAAUUAUCCAUUUUCUGAUGGAGGCAAUUCCCCAUUCCAGGCAAACAAAGACGGCAAAGUGAUAGACCUUGAAGACGGUACUGAGCCUGAGAUUGUAUUCAACUCUUCAUUUAGCAAGAAGCUGUUGGAAGUUCUGAGAAAGCCCUUUGAUAAAGAUGAGUUCUUGCAACGCUGUCAUGAGGCAUCAGUCAAGAAACAGUUAACUCGGUCUAGGCAAUUACGAGAUGGAAGAGAGAUUGAAUAUAAUGUUGAUAACCAGUCGACACCUUCAUAUCUCGACCAGUAUCCAGAUUUCUACAAGAAGUUUCGUCUUUGUCGUUAUGGGAAGGAUGAUCCUAGAGCCCUGAACCUAUUGCGCGGGUUUUUCUUUUAUUUCGAGAACAUAGUUCUGGACGGUGCGUUUAAACCCUGGCUGUAUGAAAAACGUGUGAAGAGAGAAUGCGAAGAUAUUGAGUGCAUCGAGGAAGGCCGCACCGCACAAGCCCUUUUAGGUACAUCUUAGGUGAAACUCAAGACUCUACAAUGAUCACUUUGUAUUGGAUACCUAUCAUGUUAUUGUGAUAUCUUUAAUGUGACAAUCUAUGUUUUUUUUUUUUUAAGAAGACGUGUAUAUUCUUUUCUUGUUCUUUUAUUUUAUUAAUAGUCGAUACGAAAAUUAAGUUUUUUUUUUCUUACCAUUUUCACCCUAAUAUUCAGAUUUGGCCCUUACCAAUUUGGCCAUCUUAACCAUUCUAAAUGAAG